CGUGUGGGUACGUCGCAUUUUCACAGUCGCAAUGCAGAACGGCGAUUUUUCAGUGCAAUAGUUGUGGCACGCGCAGAGCGGCAGAGCAAAUGCGGAGUGAGAGCGGGGCGUGGAUUGUAGUGAAAAUCGACUAUUAUAAAUGGGAAAAAUCGCAAAAAUAUGCAAAACAAAUACAAAUAAGUAGCAUUAAUUGUCUUUUACUAGGAGCUAGCAUUAUGAACGAGAAUAAGUGAGUAAAUUAGCCAAGGCAGUGCUGCUGAUUGCUUAAACGACGCAUUUUCGGAGGGCUGAAGUGAAUAGUGAAUUAAUUCAAGCGCUUUGCGUGGAUAAUUUAAUUGUGUGAAUUUUAUACAAAAUUAAUUAAAUUAAUUAAACAAAUUUUGCAUAUAAAAAUAAUAUAAAUUUAACGAAUAAAUAAUUCGUCUAAAUACAACAACAUUGCUGGCAUUGAAAACCCGUGAAAAAAUCGGAGUGUAUAUACAUACAAAUAUAGUUUAUUUUGUAUGUGCGCAUAAUCACGACAAUUGCUAAUAUUUGGCCGCGUGCCAUUAAAGGCCUAAGCGGGCGGGCGACAGGCGCUUUUCUGCUGAAAACACCCCGACAGCAUAGAGGCCGAAACAAAAAGCAAAUAAUUUACCAUACAACCACAUACACCUACAUACCUACAUCGGCAAUAACAUGAGUGAGACUAAGCUUUUUGACGGCAGUUCCGGCCGUUUGGCGCUUGGUUCAACAGUCGUCGUGUACUGUCUGUUCUACAAUGACGCUUGCGGACCGGCAAUAGUGUUUGCCAAUUUCCUAGCCUUCACCUAUGGCGCAAUGGCAGCUUACUGCAAGGCCCAUUUGAAAUCCCUCCAAAUGCCGUACAUUCGGGCGAGCAACAAAUUCGACUAUACCUGCCUAUUUCUCGCCACGUGGUUGGAUGUGUUGGCGGUGCUGUGUGCCUGUGUGGCCCUGGCGCGUACCAUGAGCACCUGCUUGGAUGCCAUGACGGGCGGUAUGGCGCACAUUCUGAUUUUAGAAAUUGUGUUAUGUUUACUUUUCGGUGGCACUGUGUGCAAUUUUAUCUCAACACAUUUGCGAAGUCAGAUUUUUGGCAUACUUUCAGGCCGCAAUUCAUCACCGUACGAGCCGUGGCCGGAUGUGCUGGGUGUUGCCGUCGUCAUUAUAAUUACAGUUAUGUUUAUGCUGGGACUGGACCAUUCAAAAGUCUUCCAUAUCAUCAUGUGGUGCGGCAUUAUCAUCCUGAAUUUGUGUCCGCCGGCUGCGGCUUCCUGGAAAGGCGACAUUUUGGAGUGGACACGAUAUUGGUUUCGGCCCGAUGGAUUUAUUAGUCUUCUAUAUCCGGCGGCGCUACUUUCCUUUGCUUAUCCCCGAGAGUUGCCACUGCCCAAUUCAUUUCUCGAGCGUUUCAAGGGGUUUGGAAAAUUCUUCAGAACUCUCUUCAUCUUAUGUUUGACGAUAGUAUCCCUAUCAUUUUUGGUACAUCACAAACCAGUUAACGAAUACAUUGCCAAUCCAAUCCUCAACUUUCUGGACGAUAUUACCUUAGGCAAGCUGGUGCCAGCCGCUGCUUGUCUGCUAAUGCUAACCUCAUCAGCCGCAUACUUGGAACUCUUUCCUGAACUCUAUGGUUUAAUAGUGCGUUUCGCUACCUCAGAAUGGAAGGUGCUCUCAAAGCACAUCAGCUACGAAAGUUCCGAAAGCGGUAGUCCUGUAUUUGCUAUUUUCAUAAGUGGCAGCCUCUGUGCCAUGCUGGCCUUUGCGUGUCCAAUGCAACACCUCAUCAACACGCUGGCGGCUAGUCAUUUAGCUGCAGGCUUCUUAAGAGCCUUAUACUUAUUGUACAUACCAUUCCGUCCAAAGUAUAUACAACGUUCCGUAGCGAUUUCGUCACUUGCAUAUAGUCGGCUUAGCACAGCAGCCGCCGCAACGGCUUCGUACAAGCGUCCAGAUGCGAAAAAGACCAGUAAGCGGAGCAUAUUGGGUGUCAACGUAGCCAAUAUAAGUACAGCGAAGAAACCAGCGCCGAAGAAAAAACCGAAAAAGGAGUUAGAAAAAGAAUGGCUUUUGCUGGGUGAACCCACAUCUCCGUGUCCUACACGCCAACCGACCGAUGUCGAAUCCGCAAUGCAGUCGAGCAGUAAACCAGUGCCUUUGAAUUUCAUUUACCCGGAGGUAGUCGAGAUCAGUGACUCGGACACCUCAACAGAUAUUGAUGCGAUUGUCGAUGAAUAUAGACAGAAAAUUAGGAUUACAACCUCGGGCCUAUUAGACAUGAGCGCGCGUGUUCCAACGGUAUUAUCUUGGCGCUUUGCUUUGUUUAUCAUUUUUGUCGUAAUCUUCGGCAUAGUUUCAUUCGCUUUCAAUAGUUUGCAGCAAAACCCACAUGGCGAGAUAGUCUUCGGCUGUGGAACAAUCAUACUUAGCUCCAUGUUAUCAUUGCUUCCACGCCACAAGGCCGGUGUUAUCUGUUUGAAUCCCGUUUUCUUGAGCGGCACCCUUUUAACCAGUGGCGCACUUUUUGGCGCGUGUUCAUACUACGUUUGGCCUGCGAUAGUGUUUUGGAUAAUUGCUGGCCUCAUGUUAUUGCUGCGCUGCGACAAUUGGUGUUGUGGUUGCUUCGAACAUAGCGGUGGCACCAUACAAGAACAGUUAAUACCGAACGAUGCGCCGAAAACAAUGACAAAGUCGACGGCAAUACACAUACCGGGCCCACCUACAAACCCCGUAACAGUACCAACUCUAGUGAAUACGAGCAGGUGACAAUUAGAGUCGUCAGAGAGUGAAGACCUCAAUGUGUGCGACUUCAUAGAGAGCCGAAACGAAGAUGACGAACUCUGUUGGAGUGAGUAGAAAUUUUGCAGAAAUACAAAUAAAAUGAAAUGUUCAAACAACUGAGUACCUAUUUGUGUCACCUGAUAUAUUUGGAGUGAAAUGUUGUGCCGCAGCCGUAGCCAUAGUCAUUGCCGUCUCCGUAACGCCGCCUGCUUGCCCGAAACUGCAACCGAGUAGAGAAAGCAUAUUUUAUAAGACAAAUCCUCAUCCAAAAUCAGGCGAAAAUCCUACAGUUUUAGUCAGAAAAAAACUGGUGUAUGAGUAUUUAUACUAUUAUAUAUGUAUUGUGUGCUUAAUUUUAGAGUUUACUUCAGAUAAACAUAAAGAAAAUUUAGAGCACUAGGAUUUGUAACUUGAAUGAUCGAACUAUAAUACGAUUAACAGUUAUAGUAUAAUUUCUAGUUAAAUAAUAUUAUAUGUCAUAUGUGUUGGAUAAACAUUUUUGUAAAGAGUAAUUGAAAAACAUGUGUGCUAAAUUAAAACUAAUCAAAUUGUAAUCAAAUAUUUCAUAAUCAUUCGGGCUCAUCAAUUUAACGUUUGAGUUGAAACAAUUAGUUAUACGAGCAAGCUCACUUUCGAGUGAAACAUAUAAAAAAUGACAUAAUUUAAGUAAAUAAAUUUUCGAAAAUAUCAUGAAAUUACUAUAUUUUAAAUUACA